CAACUUUGUAAACUCCAAAUUCAGCAUCAUCACCUCCGUUAACAACGACAGCUAGGAAAUUGAAUUUGUCCACUAUGCCAACCGAAGGCGUAUACAUACGUCCAUCCGGACAAAAAACCUUUAUCCCGCUGGAAAACAAUCCCGAAGUCUUCACAUCGCUCGUGCACGACCUCGGAGUCUCUCCAGAUCUCGGAUUCUACGAUGUCUACAGUCUCGAUGAUGCGGAUCUCCUUUCGCUGGUGCCGCGUCCUGUCUUGGCGCUCAUAUUCAUCACCCCAGAGCCCAUGUAUUAUGCAGUUCGCAACCAAGACGGAACUGCCGUGGGUCCGCCUCAACUGACCUACGAUAAGAGCGGUGACCAAGAGCCCGUCAUUUGGUGGCAACAGACAAUUGGACAUUCAUGCGGCCUCAUGGCGUUGCUACAUUCGGUUGCUAAUGGAGAGGCAAGAAAGUUUGUUAUAAAAAACUCUUUCCUGGAUGGUUUGUUGAACCAGGCCACGCCGCUGAAGCCCGUCGAAAGAGCCGCUGCAUUAUACAAUAACGAAGAAUUGGAAAAAAAGCACAUGAAGGCUGCUAGAACUGGAAACUCCCAACCACCUGGUGCCAAUGAAGACAAUUUUAACCAUUUUAUAUCCUUUGUCAAGGGAAAAGACGGCCAUCUGUGGGAGCUGGAGGGAGCCACCGAUGGCCCUCUGGAUCGCGGACUAAUGAUCGAAGGUGAUGAUGUGCUUAGUGACGGGGCGCUGGAUUUGGCUGUGCGCAAGUUUUUGAAGGCCAGCGAUGGGAACCUGAACUUUAGCAUUGUGGCAUUGGCGAAGAAGCCGGAGUGAGAUUGAACAAGUGGUAUGCCAUGAUGAAGACUGUAGUGCUGCAGCUGUAUGCGGUUGUGUAAGUCAUUAAUCGGUCGCAUUAUUUCCAACUACAAGAACGUAAGAGAAGACAUUAAGAAAUAUGAAGGUAAAAUAAAAUAAAAUAAUGAUAAAUUCAAUGCCGAAGUUGGGUUGCAGUGCAUACAUUUGUAUGUACAUACCUAGUAUAUAUGUAGUACACACAUAUCUAUGUAUGUAUGUAGGGCAUAUCUUAUCUGAUCUCAAGUUUCGGUCUGGGGGCGGG